AUGCCAUCACACUUAUCACUCAUUGAGUCCGAGUCCGGUGCGGACUCGCAAUCUUAUCAAUCAUCUCAGCGCUCCGAUCACAUAGACGAUGGCCGCAAGUCUGGCUUAUCUUUGACCACGACCUAUAUGACCCCUGCUGCUCGUCCUCUCCCACACAUACGAAACGCUCUGUCUGUUAAGUACGCAGUCUUAUACGGCGCACGGUCGAGAUCUCUCUCGAGAAAUGCAGCGAAAUGUACUGAAUCCGAUCAUCGCGCGAGUUCCAAGCUCUUUGAGGAUGCAGCGCGAGAGGAGGCUGAGGAAGCGCAGACACCUGCGCGGACAAGCAGGGUCCCUACACUAGAGGGUCAGAAUGAGAACUGGACUGGAGAAGAGUCUGUGCAGGAUGCAGUGCUCCGCAUGUUGGUCGACAAGUACAAGCCGCUGCGUGGCGGACCCGUUAGGACUGCAGACGAGAAACUGAAGGCAGCUCCUCCGAAAGUCUCAUUUCCAGAAGGAUCAAGCUCGCUCACGAACGACACAUUUGCGAUGGAAGACGCCAAGGAGCAGGCUCCCCGUCGGUAUCUACCUAACGAGCCACUGUUGCCUGCCGUCGAAGGACACAAGCCAUGGCUCACAACCUUCAAGGUACCCUCUCAUGCUACUUCAAAUAUCCGCUACGGCCACUUUCCAAAUGUAUCGACACGGAACGCGCCCGAGUCCCGUCUCGAUGAGAAGGCGAAGAAGGAGAGGGAAACUCGGCGGCGGACUGAGCAAGCCGGUAGAUUAUCCAGAGCGAGGGAGUCUACUCUCGACUACCGCUUGGGGAUCAAAGGUGGUGCUGCCAUUCAGAAACGGCUCAAUCCCGCCAGUUUGCAGGGCUGGGCAAAUCUCGUCGAAGAUAGAAUUGAACGGGCUCGCCAAGAAGGCCUCUUCAAGACGAUUAGAGGCCGGGGACAACCUCUGGCUUCGACAGUACAAGAUAGAAAUCCAUUCAUCGCUAGAGAGGAGUUCUUGAUGAACCGUAUCGUCCAGCGCCAGGGCGCUGCUCCUCCUUGGGUAGAGAUUCAGGGCGAACUGGAAUCUGCCAUAGCGUCGUUCCGGGAGUUGAUCAAACAGUCGUGGACAAGGCGCGCGAUACGGAUGCUGACAACUAAUCAGCCAGCCGCACUGCUUCCUUCUCUGACCCUCACUGAUAUCAUUUCUUUGCGAGAUGUGGAGUGGGAAGCUCGAGAGCAGGCAUUCCACGACCAGGCGUUGGAGGAGGUCAAUGCUCUGGUGAGGAAGUACAACGGGCUGGCGCCAUAUGCCGUACGCAGGGCAUAUUACUUGCGUAGGACGGAGCUAGACAGGACUUACCGCGAUUCUGCGGAGGCUAUCCUCCAGGGCCUUGCUGAGAGAGUCGGCGCCCAGGGCAUGCGGAUGGGAGCCGGCAUCGGCGAGGACGACUCGGAGGGCGAGGGGAGGUCGACUGAAGGAACCGCAGGCGGUACUGCCACAAGCUUGAGCUUACGCGAUAUGCUGCGAGAUUGGUGGGCUGCUCUCCGAGGACGAUGA